CAGAAACAUAUUAUAUCAAAAAUGGUCAAAGAAUCAGUAUUCUGUGUGGUAUCAGUAUUAAUUAUACACCUUUCUACAUCGAGUCAUAUUUUCCACGAGAAGACUGGUAUAACGUUCCAUCCGGAGUAUGACGCCGAAUACUUCGGUUAUUCCGUCAUUUUGAGUCCCGAUGGACUACUAGUUGGAGCCCCAAAAGCAAAAGAACCCAAAGAGUCCUCGCGAGGAAUCAAACCUGGAAUGGUAUUCAAUUGUUCACUUGCCUACUUGGAUCUAAAGGAUGGAGCUUGCACUACUAUAAAACGAUCUGGAAGAGCAGGUAACGAGAAUAUACUCAAUAGAUUGAUGCCUGGUUUCCUUCGAGAUGACAUGUGGUACGGAGCGUCCAUGGUGUUGCUGCCUGGAGGACGACUUUUGGUUAACGCCCCAAGAUGGACAUCUCCUUACGGGACGAAACAUUUAUUGAUGAAUGGCAUUAGUUUACUGCAGACGAGGAGAGGAAACCGACCUAUACACUGUUUAAAAGAUUAUAAUCGUCAAGCUUACGUCACAGAUGGAAGUAGACGAGAGUAUGGGGCAUAUGGUACCCACCUCAAUUUCUACGCAUACGGACAAGCUGGGAUGUCAGCGGCUGUUACCAAGAUGAACACAGUUAUACUUGGAGCUCCUGGACUAUUGCAAUGGACUGGUGGCGUGAUAAGUCUAUCAUACUUCCCAAAUGACACCGGUACAUACACGAACAAGUUGCCUACAAUGAAUCCUUACCUUAGCAAGGACUUGGGACCUGAUGAUUAUUUUGGAUACAGCGUCGACUCUGGAAUAUUCGACAGUAGUGGACAGGUGAUGUAUGUAGCUGGGGCUCCUCGAUAUAACAUUGCUAGUGGUCAGGUAGUCAUAUUCGUUCCACCAACGGAAGAGCUGGAGCCCUUAACCAUUAAGGCAAAAAUCAGGGGUCCUCAAACCGGCUCGUACUUUGGAGCCAGUGUCUGCUGCACAGACCUCAAUGGAGAUGGGUUCGAUGACCUGUUAAUUGGAGCACCAACGUAUGUGAAGGAUGAUGGUGGUCUACCUUACGAUCAAGGAGCUGUUUUUGUUUAUUUGUCUAAGGAAAAGGACUUCAGUUUCAUUUUUGUAGAAAGUGGUAUUGUGACGGGAUCUGGUACUAACGGAGCAUGGUUUGGGCUCUCCAUUGCUGACCUUGGAGACAUUGAUGGCAAUGGAUUCAAAGACGUAGCUAUAGGAGCACCAUGGGAAGAUGAUGGGAUUGGAGCAGUUUACAUUUAUAGAGGAUGUUCUAAAGGACUCAGUACAAAUAACGUACAGCGUAUACAGCCCCGUACUGCCCGAGGCUUUGGGUGGUCUAUAGCCAAAGGCGUUGAUAUAGACCAAAAUAACUGUAGCGAUCUAGCCAUCGGAGCUCAAAACAGUCAGACAGCGUACCUCUACCGAUGUAUUCCAACCAUUAAAGUCCACGCUUCAAUAAAGGUGCCUAAUGCCAUAAACCUGCCACACAAUGCCACAAGUUUUCAAGCUGAGUUCUGUGUCUCAUCGCCUUUUAUGGAACUAUGGCCUCAUGUGGAGCUGAAUAUUAUUGCGAAUAUUGAGGCUGAUCCUGAAUCCAACAGAGCCAUGAUAUCAGGAGAAUCAAAAUACAAAGUCCGUGUUAGACCAGGCAUUGAAACGUGUGAUCAACAAGAGAUUGAAGUAAAUCCAACUGGUGAUUUAUCGAAGCCAAUAGAAUUGGUAUUUCAACUAGAACCUGAUGAGUUGAUGAAAGAGGAUUCGGAAACAUUUUUAAUGAAUGCUGCAAGAUUAUCUGAGGAGUCAACUUUGAAGACUUCGUUCCUCAUUCAGCUGAUGAGGGAUUGUGGGGAAGACCUGAUCUGCACUCCUUGGCUGGACUUGACCUUAGAAGCUUUGAAUAAUCCCUAUGUUCCCGGAUCCAACACAUCACUAGGAGCACGAAUCACAAUAGUCAAUCAAGAAGAACCAGCGUAUGCUGCUAAAGUUAAUAUUUCUAUACCAAUAUCACCCAAAAGGAUACCUAGCGAAUGUUCUUUAGAUGAUCACAGAAUGACUUGCGAUGUUCCUUCACCUUUACUUAGGGGUGAAAAGAUUGUAUGGGAAAUUGAAUUAGAUUACGAAAUGAACCAUGAUGCUAAUGAUACGGAGGAUACUGUUAUUGGAAUUAGAGUUGAAUUGACUGAUCCGUUGUAUAGAAAUGUCACUGAUGAUAAUGUCACUGAUGUGUUUAUUAGUGUCAGUCAUGAAGCUGACUUUAGUGUUAGUGGAAAAGCAAUGCCAAAUGCAACGCUAUCUAUACCCAGGGAUAGUUUAGCGGCCGGGAGCAACUUCACUUUUAAACAUUACUUUGAGAUCACAAAUCUUGGUCCCUCUGAUACAUCUGCUGUAGAAGUUUAUAUUAAUAUACCAGACAAGACUGCCCUUUCCACCAAUAUUUCUGGUUGUGUACCAACUGAGAUGAUAAAUCAAUGGAUGUGUAUUUGGCCCAUACCAGCCAAAGAUUCCCGUCCAGUUUAUGUUCCUCUACAAAUGGAUCUUAGUAAAGAAGGAAAUUAUCUUUUAGAGAAUACUACGUACAACGCAACUACUAAAGUCGCUGUUGUCUUUAAAAAGAAAGCUACCAAUUUCGAGGUGACAACCCGAUUGAUUCUGGAGCCUGCAAGUAUAACUUGGAAGUUGAUACUGAUUUGUGUGCUACUCGGCCUGUUGGUGCUUGCUGUGAUAGUGACUAUACUUUACAAACGAGGAUUCUUCCAGAGAACUACUCAUAGAAUGCUUCAAGAACAGAAGAACAAUCAGAGACUGCUACAAGAGAGUGACUCUUCAUCAGGACAGAUGGAAGAGGAGCAUGACAUACCGUUAGAUUCUGAUGAGGAAUUAUAACAUUGACAUACUUUUACUUGUGGCGAUAGAUUAUUUUAUAGAGAGAUAAAGUGAGAUAGAGAGCGAGUGAGAGAGAGAAAGAGAGAGAGACAGAAAGAAAGAGAAAGAGAAAGAGAAAGAGAAAGAGAAAGAGAAAGAGAAAGAGAAAGAGAAAGAGAAAGAGAAAGAGAAAGAGAAAGAGAAAGAGAAAGAGAAAGAGAAAGAGAAAGAGAAAGAGAAAGAGAAAGAGAAAGAGAAAGAGAAAGAGAAAGAGAAAGAGAAAGAGAAAGAGAAAGAGAAAGAGAAAGAGAAAGAGAAAGAGAAAGAGAAAGAGAAAGAGAAAGAGAAAGAGAAAGAGAAAGAGAAAGAGAAAGAGAAAGAGAAAGAGAAAGAGAAAGAGAAAGAGAAAGAGAAAGAGAAAGAGAAAGAGAAAGAGAAAGAGAAAGAGAAUGAGAAUGAGAAUGAGAAUGAGAAUGAGAAAGAGAAAUAAGUUGACUGAUAGACUGAUAUUUGUAAAUAAAAAUUUUAAAGAAAAUAUAAACUUAAAUUUUUUUUUGGAGAGGAGAACGAGAAAGUUGGAGGCUCUAAAAUUAAUGCAAUUUAGUCGGAUUAUAAAUGAGCGAUAAAGACACCAAAGAGAUUAUUAUUAGAAUAGGUAUUGAAAUAUAGGUAUAGUUUUCUAGGCUCAUAAUUUUGUUUGUUCGAUAUACAUUUGUAUUAAUUAUAUUCUUAUUUUUAAAAAG